ACUGAUGCAAAAUAAUUUUAUUUCGCAUUGGAUCGAUUUCUCGCGUUUUUUCGUCACUCACUAGCAGAUUUAAGUCUUAAAAUAUCGGUCUGUGCACUAUUAAUGUAAAUUACUGUUGAUUCGAUGUGUUGAUAUUAGAUGUGCUUAUUUUGUGAACAGUUUAAAAGUGGAAUAAGAUGUUCUCGAUAAAAACACCACGUAUCCAACAAAAGGAUCUCCAAUGUCUCAAUGGCUGUGGAUUCUAUGGAAAUGCCCAGUGGAAUGGGCUGUGCUCCAAAUGUUAUCGCGAACGGAUGAUGAAGGAACGGCAUAUGAAACUUUAUCGCCCGCGACUGGAAGGUCACCAAAGUGGCAAAAAACAUGAGCCUCAUCAUAGUUCCGAACACAAUCAGCAACACCAGCAGCAGUUUCUGCAACACAUUGACCAACGUCAUGUUAGCAAAACCGCCCAUGCCCAAUCGGUUAAAUCCGGAACCGCUCCCAAAGAGGAAGAUAAGAAGAAGAAACGUAACUUCAUAGAUUUAUUGAAAAAGUCUGCGUCCGUGAAGGAAUCGGAGAGGCCCACGCGGCAUCAUCAUCAUCACUCCAAUCAUCACCACCAUCGGCAGCCGAUGGACAAACUUGAACAAGAGUAUCAGGAUGCGUUGAAGGCUCUUAAAAUAGAGGACGCUGCCAAAAGGGAGCUUAAGUAUUUCAUUGAAAUGUUGGAUCAAAAGAUUCGCAAAAAGCAUUCGGACUGCAGUAUAGAGGAAGUGUCGGAAAUUGUCCAGAACGAGUACAUCAAGUUUCGAGAGUACAUGAACAUGGAAAAUUCCAAGUUUGUCAACGUGCCUCAGGAGACCAAGGAACAGGCUCUCGAUUUUUUCGAGAAAUGCAUCAUGACCAUGAAUCACGGUCGGUUGUUUUCCCCGCCGACGACAAAUGACGAGGAGAAGGAUUCGCAAAUACAGAAAAGGAUUCGACAGCUUAACUGGAUUAACGCGAAACAUUUGCUGUGCAGCAUAGAUGAGGUGAAUUCAGAGGUUCGCGAUUUGGUCUACACCGCCAUCACGGAGCUUGUGUCAAUGGAUUCGUUUCAUUCACCGCAGGAAAAGCUCGAGUGUAUUGUAAGGUGUUGCAGAAAUAUUUUCAAUUUAUUAAAACAAUCAGUUGGUGGUCCCGCGAGUGCAGAUGAAUUUCUUCCGGCGCUUAUAUUUGUAGUCCUCAAGGCGAAUCCCGUUCGACUACAUAGCAACAUCAAUUACAUAACUCGGUUCAGCAAUGCUUCUCGACUGAUGAGCGGCGAGGGCGGUUACUACUUUACCAAUCUUUGUUGUGCGAUUUCGUUCAUAGAAAACCUUACUUCCGAGUCGUUGUCCAUGUCUGCCGAGGAGUUCAAUGGAUUGAUGACGGGGGACAAAACUGGACCAUCGGCUUGGGAGAGCGCAUUGAUGGCUUGUGAAAGUCUGCACCUCAUAUCAGAAAACAUGAAAACCAUGAAAAAGUUAGGUACUAGGAACGAGGAAAUCUUGAAUAAUAUUGAAACUCUCAACGAGGAUAUCGUUAGUUUUAAGAACGAAAUCAGGCAAAAAGUGACAGAAGUUUUGGAUCGUACACCACUAGUACUGAAACCUAUUCGCACACCACGACGUUUAGAAAAACAAAAUGCACAAAUAUUCAGCACUUCUUCUGAUAAUCAAACGGCCGUAGGAGGCCACUUCCAGUCGAAUCUGAUGGCAGCCAUGAAGGUGGGUGAGGUGGAACCUAGCGACACCAAAAAGCUAUCCGCUAUCGAGUCAACAACCCCUGCAACGCAGACCAAUUUCGAUGAGCUGGUUCGGAACCUGUCCGAUACGUUGGUUGCACCACUCGUUCCAGUGGAUGUAGACAAAAACUUGCUACCGUCCCCGUUGCCUGGAAUGAGUGCGAGCAAUUCUGCCGAUCUGCUGUCAGCAUCGCCCAUUUUCGACUACAACCGAGUUUUCGACACGCAAUCACUGGAUGAGAUCGCCACCCCCGAUGACAUGGCGCACACCUUCAUUAAGGGAAUUCGUAACAUCAAUUACGAUUUCGAUUUCUCCGAUCACAGCGGCGAAAAUAGUGCCGCUGAUGACAUCGAUUCAAAACCAUCUGUGUCGGGGGUCCAAAUAAGUCGGUUCGAUUUGGAAGAAUUCGAUCCAUUGCUAGUGAAAGAUCGCGAAGGAAAACUGCCUUCGUUAGCACUCAAGCCCACUAGUGGGGGAAAUUUGCUGGAUGAAGAUUCUCCGCGAGCUCUCCUGCUAGAAUCGCCUAUCAAACCGAACGUGGCGGAGUAUCAGGGAUUCUCACUGCAGGGAUUUAACAUCCCAACGAUAACCUGUGCCGCGGGUGAUAUGGGAGCUUCCAGUACGGUCGGUACGAAACCGGUUCACCCAUCACGGACUACGGCGAAUACGUUGGAAAGUGGUAGGAGCUAAGUUUAAGGGAUGAGGUGAGUACACUUUGCUUUAAAUUUGUUAUGUGUGCUAUUAAAGAUGUGCAAAAUGUUUAUCGAUCUUUAUCUAAAAUUGUUACGACUAUAUUCGA